UUAAGAUUUGAUUCUGAUUUUUACCACAAUAAACUAUUUACAUUUAUAUAUGUAUAUUAACAUUUGAGGUACUGCAUAUUUUGCUAUCGAUGUUGUAUAAUAUAUACUUUUAUUUUAAUAUAUUUGUACUUUCUAGUAAAAUGUGAUGUUUUAUUACUUAUAGCAAAAAGCACAACCCGCUUCUGCAUUUGUCAUUGAAUAAAAAUAUAUCGUAUGGGCGAUGAUCAUGUGACUGCUUACCUAUUACAGCGGCAGCAGCAUGGUUGCAUUUUUAUCCAUACUUGUUAGAACAUGACAGAUAUGGUGAUAGAUAAUAAAAAUGCGAUCAGUUUAGUAUUAACAGCACUUAAAUUGAGCCCCACGAUUGAUGAUUGAUGUUGUCAACGUUUUAUUCAAACAAACUUAAAUCAAGGUAUUGGGGCUACUCUAAUCCAUAAAUAGAAGUCUCUACAGCUGUAAAUAUUUGAAGUCGCGGGUGUUCAUCCAGUUAUUUUUACACGCAGGCACGCUCCUUGCUUAGCACGCGACAUAUUCAAAUAAGUCCCGACAUUUGUUAGAGAAGGUUCACAACAUCUGAAGAUAAUAGGAAAUAUUUUAGUGCUCCCGAUUCAAAAUUAGGCCAAUAGGGCGAAAGUUCGCUGAACUUGCGCGUGCGCAAAACAUCUAAAAAUAUAGUGUUGUUAAUGACCGUUUGGCGAAGUAUUUGAACUCUCCCUUGUUUCCUGUCGGAUGAGCCAUAGAUCGUGUCUGGACAUUGUAGAGGGAAGUGUGGUGUGAAACUGGGACUGUUUUUUGUAAUAUUGUGAAAUGACACGAGGUCCAACCAUAGUUCGUGUUGCGCCGGGCGGCGGCGGCGAGCGUGGCAUCAAAUGUUGUUGUUGCCGCUGCUGUGAGUGCCUCAACCUGGGCUACCUCACUUCGCAACAUGGAUUGAUAAAACUUGCUGAAGCGAUGCUAGGCGGAUUGUGCCAGAGCUUGCUAGUGAAGUACGGCAUGUCGGCAGCUGGCACGCUCGGCUCGGCCUUCCACGGGUUCCUCACCACCGCCUCGGCCUGCCUGCUCACCACCGCGUUGCUCAUCGCCUGCUACGUGCUUUCAUCUAACUCGCAGCACCUCAUCAAACAGUCGGUGUUUGAAUGCUUGUUCAACGCGACGGCCUGCUUCCUGUACCUGUCUGCUUCAUCGUACAUGGGUGUGGCGGUGAACCUCUACCUCUACCCGCAAUACGCCGUCAUCAGCAUGUACUCUGCCUACCCAGCUAUGACUGCAGUCUAUGUACGCAUAUUCUGCAUCAACUAUGGACUUACCUUAGGGCCACCCCACACUAGCGUCAUUAAAGCGUCGGCGUCUGGUCAGCGCUAUGGAAAAUGGCGUUGCUGCGCAGUUGCCUCAACACUGCGUUGAGCAGCGGCCAUAGAGUUGACUACACGCCGACGCUCGGGAGACGCUAGUGUGGGGUAGCUCUUAACUUUCGUCCUUCUUGUCUUUGCACUGCUGUACUACUAGUACUUUUGCUUGUCCUAAGGCCGCGGACUGGACGCAAGCGGCAAGCGGCGCGUCGAGCGGCAAAUCAAGGCCAUUCAUACAUUGCGCUCGGCCAAAUGUAUGAACGACCUUGAUGUACCGCUCGCCGCUUGCGUCCAGUCCGCGGCCUCAAAGUGGGCGUAGGUAAUCGUAGUUUAUUUUACAAACGUGACGGCCAUAUGACUUAUCACAGUGCGAAUGCGUAUAGUUGAUAUUGGAUGGUUACCUCGUGAUGUUUUCCUAUAGCCAACAGCCUGUGGUAGUGGUAAUUUUUCUUCACAUAUAUACAACAUAUAGUUCCUGGUUCCCUAUAUUUAUUAUACCUACUGAAAUAUAUGUAAUAUCUUUGUUUAUUGACUUCAAUUACCCAUAGAUUUUUUUGUGUAUUUUAUGGCU